AUAACCGUCAUUUCAUUUGGAUUACGCAUUCAAUUCAGACAAAGCACACACCCUUGGAAUUCCUAGUGGUUGGAUUCAGAUUCCUUUGUUUUUCCUAAUAAAUUCUCCAUAAAAAUUCUUUUCUUAUAUUUUUAUUUCCUUGAUGAUAGUGAUUUGGGUAUGGAAAAUAAGACCCGUGAAAAGUAGUGAUUUUUUGUUGAAGUGGGUUUUUUUCUUUUUGUGUUUUUAGAAUUGGGGUUAAUGGAGAUUUCAAUAAUGCUUCAUGUUGGAUUAGUUUUGAUGCUGCUUUGGAUGCUUUCUCACAACAAUCUUUGCCAUCCGGUUGCUUAUUUCGUGUCUCUCAUUUACCUCUACUUGGUUCAUCAAAGGUAUGUGACGAGAUUGAGGAAGAAAUUGGAGUUCGACGAAAAAAGGCAAAACUUUAGGAGAAGGGUGCUUUCGGAUUCCGAAUCUGUUCGGUGGCUAAACCAUGCUGUUGAAAAGAUAUGGCCGAUUUGUAUGGAACAGAUUACAUCACAGAAGAUUCUGCUUCCUAUCAUACCUUGGUUCUUGGAUAAAUACAAACCUUGGACUGCUAAAAAGGCUGUGGUUCAGCACUUAUAUUUUGGAAGAACACCUCCAUUGUUCACGGAGAUGAGAGUUCUUCGUGAAUGCUCUGACGAUGACCACUUGGUACUGGAGUUGGGAAUGAAUUUUCUCACAGCAGAUGACAUGAGUGCAAUUCUUGCUGUGAAAUUAAGGAAAAGACUGGGCGGUAUGUGGGCAAAGAUGCAUGUAACAGGCAUGCAUGUUGAAGGAAAGGUUUUGAUUGGGGUGAAGUUUAUACGGAAGUGGCCUUUCCUUGGCCGUCUGCGAGUAUGCUUUGCUGAACCUCCAUACUUUCAAAUGACUGUGAAACCUAUCUUUACGCAUGGGCUUGAUGUUACAGAACUUCCAGGGAUUGCUGGAUGGCUCGAUAAACUUCUCUCGAUAGCAUUUGAGCAGACACUUGUUGAGCCUAAUAUGCUGGUUGUUGAUGUUGAGAAGUUUGCUUCACCCAGUUCAGAAAACUGGUUUUCUGUUGAUGAGAAGCAACCUAUUGCUCAUGCCAAGGUUGAAGUUAUUGAAGCAUCUGAUAUGAAACCAUCAGAUUUAAACGGAUUGGCUGAUCCAUACGUGAAGGGGACACUUGGCCCUUAUAGAUUCAAGACUAAGACGCAUAAGAAAACUUUGUCCCCGAAGUGGCAAGAGGAAUAUAUGAUCCCUAUCUGUUCUUGGGAGACACCUAAUGUAAUGGUCAUAGAAGUUCGGGACAAAGACCGUUUGUUUGAUGAUAUCCUUGGUAAUUGCUCGGUAAGUGUUACUGAACUUAGGGGUGGCCAGAGACAUGACAUGUGGUUGCCUCUUCGAAAUAUUAAAAUGGGCAGACUGCAUCUCGCGAUAACUGUGCUUGAAGAUAACGCUAAGUUUACACAGGAAUGUGAUGAUGCAGUUGAUGCUGAAGCAUUAAACGAGGAAGAUAUACAAAUCUCCUUUGCAGCUAUAGAUGCUGGUAACGGUUCAUUCUCCCCUACGUCUUUGAAGAAGCCUCCAACCCUGCCGGAUCAUUUAGAACCGAUAGAUGUUAAAGGACAAGAAGAAACUGGGAUAUGGGUCCAUCACCCUGGAGGUGAAGUGUCGCAAACUUGGGAACCUAGGAAAGGGAAAGGUAGAAGCACCAUUUUAGCAGCACCCGGAUCCAUUAAAAGUGAUGACAGCAGUUCAGAAGAAAAUCCUAAUUCAAAGAAUCGAGUCAACAGGGUUAAGCAGGGUUUACGGAAGAUCGGUUCUGUAUUUCAGAGGAGUACCAAAAGUGAGGGUUACUCAGGCAGCCUUGGAGAUGCGCUUCCUUCUCCCCAUGAAAACCUCAGAGCGGUAAAUGACAAGGAUGUUCUGGUGAAAUUUGUAGUUGAUGACAAUCUUUCAGCUGAUAAGGUCUCAAAUGAGGGAAGCUCGAGUCCCGGGGGAAGCAGUGCAGAAAGCCCUAGAAAAAUGAAAGAUACGGCAAAGAGUAUCCUAAAACAUGUCGGGAAUUCCGCUCGUAGCAUAAAACAUGUUCUUUCUCGUAAAGGGUCAAAAAAAUCUCAUCCAGUAGAAUCUGACUCUGAUGACGAUGAUGAUUCUCUGUCAUCUCCCGGAGUCAAGAGAAUACCAGUUCUUUCCAAUCGCAUAUCCAGCUCCAGUGGCAAUGAUGAUCCGCAUGAUGCUCAGGAGCAUGUUAUUCUAGCAGAUUCAAACAACCAAUUGAAUCCUGAAACAAAUGGCGAGGGACAAGUGGAAGAAAUCACCGUUGAAGGCCAUAACGAAAUAGAUGGCGAUGAUGAGGUCACCAGUCCCGUUAAGCUCGGUAAUGGAACUGAUGGGCCAAUCACAAAUCCUUCUGAAGGGAACUUGGAAUGUGAGAAAAAGGUAGAAGACACUCCUUAGACUGAUACUAAACUUUAGGUUCCGCCGAUGUUUCAUUUUGUUUCCUGCUAUUACAUCCAAGAUAAACGAAUAAAAGACAUCCGAGUUUUGAAGAACAGUGCCAUAGUACAGCAAUAUAAAGUUUUAGAUGGAUAAGAACACAUAUAUAGAUCUGUUUCUUGUA